ACCCAACUAAAAAGGCCAUUAACACGAAAAAUAAAGAGAAACCCAAUUCCAGCAACACCCAGUACCUUAGACUUGCAAGUAAUAAUCGAUUCAUGAAAUCUCCAUAAUUUGUGAAAGAUUAACAAAUUAGCUUAACUUGCUUGACCAAAAGAAGCUACACACGCAUUCCCGGCCCAUCCAUCCAUAUAAUCUCCUCCUCAUCUACGGCCUAAUUCGCCAUUCAUUCAUAUUCAUUCAUAUUCAUUCAUUCAUUCAUUUCUCUUUUGCGACGACCAUGGCUAUAGAGAAUGGGAAAGGAGGAGAGAUUGGUUCUUCAAAUAAGUACUCGAAGUUUAAGGCCAAGAUGACUGGGUCAUUACCUGUUGUAUUAAGGGUGGCAAUAUUGCUUGCCACAGGAGGAGCCACUUUGGGUAUGGGACUAAACAAGCAGAGUAAGACCGCAGUUGUUGCAGUUGUGGGCACUACUCCCAUCUCUCAGACCUUCGUUGCGCAGUUCCAGGACACCCCUGCUUUUGUGUACUUUGUAAUAGCUAAUGCUAUAGCAAGCUUCUAUAACCUACUGGUGCUUGUGUUACAACCCCAUUUGAAAGGCAAGGCGCAUAAUAUUUGGGUGCUCAUAUUCGACAUGGUGGUCAUGACCGUGGUGGCCACGGGCGCCGCCGCAGCGGCUUCCAUCGCCGAGCUGGGCAAGAACGGGAACCAGCACGCGAGAUGGAACCCGAUAUGCGACAAUUUCGGCGCGUUCUGCUGCCGCGGGGCCAUCGCUCUCGCCGAGUCCUUCGUCGGAUCCCUUCUCCUUCUCAUCCUCAAUGUGCUCUCUACUGUCACUCUCCGCAAGAAUGUAGCUGCCCAUGACUAGUCCCUUUUCUCGCAGCUAUUCUGUAACAGCAUUAAUUAUUGCAUUAUUGGGGUGGUUUUGAUUUGUUUACAUUCCACUUAAGCUACAUUAUCUUACACUCUCAAUAUAUAUAUAUAUAUAUAGAGAGAGAGAGAGAGAGAGGUUGGUUGAUGCAAUGGGCUUUCCAAAUAUAUGUAUACAGUGGAGCUGUGCAAGUGAGAUUAUACGUACCAAUCAUUGUUAUAUGUUUUAUAUCUAUAUUUGUACUGGCAUGUAGUAUAUUGUUAAUUUAUCGCGUGUACGAAUUAUGUUUACAUCAUGCAUGGUCUUUUCUUUAA